GACGUAGACGGAAGUAAAGUCGCAGGACACAGCAGCGAGCUAACAUGUCGAUUUCUCAAGCGAGACAAACGUUUUUAAAGCCGAUGGUUCCGUUCAGCUGGACCAUCCAGGGUGGACUUGUUCCUGGCGAGAUGGUUCUGAUCCAAGGGUCGCUUCCGUCAGGUGCAGACAGGUUCCAAGUGGACUUGACGUGCGGCAGCAGCGUGGCUCCAAGGGCCGACGUGGCUUUCCACAUGAACCCCAGACUGAAUAAGGGUUGCGUGGUGUGCAACACGCUGCACCAGGAGCGAUGGGGUCAAGAAGAAAUCCUUCCUCACAUGCCCUUCACGACCGGCCAGUCCUUCGAGUUAGUCCUGCUUGUCCUAAAGGACCGCUUCAAGGUGGCAGUAAACGGAGCACACCUGUUGGACUAUGAACAUCGACUUGAGCUGGAGCUCGUGGACACGCUGGCUGUUUCUGGAAAGGUCAAAGUUGAUGCCGUGGCCGUCAUGCUGCACGCUUCAACAUCUUUCUCGACUGCAGAUGCUCCGACCAAUCAGCACGCAGCACUCGGUUCGAUGGUCGUCUUGUCAGGUGACAUGUGUGUUCCAUUCAAAGGGGAGCUGGUGGGCGGUUUCAGUGAGGGGCGCAGCAUCGCUAUCAGAGGACAAGCCAAUCAGAAGGCAAAGCGCUUUGCCAUCAACCUGCGAGUGAGCGACAGCGAAGACAUCGCACUGCACCUCAACCCUCGUUUCAAAGAGGAAGUGUUUGUCCGAAACUCUUUCCUGUCUGGUUGCUGGGGUGACGAGGAGCGCAAGCUUGCCUCCUUCCCAUUUGGACCGGGACAGUACUUUGAGAUCAUUAUCGUCUCCGAUGCACAGCAGUUUCUUGUCGCCGUCAAUGGGAUCCACCAAGUGGCUUACAAACAUCGAAUCCAGGACCUGCGAUGCAUCACAGAGCUGGAAGUGAUCGGCGAUGUCAAACUGAUAGAUGCCAGGCUUAUGUGACACCAGUAUGCCUACAUGCUAACAAGCUCACAUUCCGCUAAAGAUAUCAAAAAGCCAUCAGUUAUGUCAUUCCAUUACCAAGAAAGAUACAUUUACCUAAAACAUAAAUACAUUUUAUUAGAAAAGAUAUUUACAAAUUACAAUAAAA